AUGAAGGUGCUCCCUGCAUCUGGCAUCGCUGUCCUCCUCGUCACAGCCUUGAAAUUUUCCUCUGCAGCCCCCUCCCUAUUUGCAGCCACCCCCAGGACCUUGAGGAACAACUACCACCUUGCACAGGCGUAUCUUGACAAGUAUUACACAAAGAAAGGAGGACACCAGAUUGGUGAGAUGGUUGCAAAAGGGGGCAAUUCCAUGGUGAGGAAGAUCAAGGAGCUGCAAGCGUUCUUUGGCCUCCAAGUCACUGGAAAGUUAGACCAGACCACCAUGGAUGUGAUGAAGAGGCCUCGCUGUGGAGUUCCUGAUGUGGCAAACUAUCGCCUCUUCCCAGGUGAACCCAAAUGGAAAAAAAAUACUUUGACAUACAGAAUAUCCAAAUACACACCUUCCAUGAGUGCUGUGGAGGUGGACAAAGCCGUAGAGAUGGCCUUGCAGGCCUGGAGUGGCGCUGUCCCUUUGAACUUUGUUAGAGUCCUCGCAGGAGAAGCGGAUAUCAUGAUAUCUUUUGAAACUGGAGAUCACGGGGAUUCCUACCCAUUCGAUGGGCCUCGAGGGACGCUAGCCCAUGCAUUUGCACCUGGAGAAGGCCUGGGAGGAGAUACACAUUUCGACAAUGCUGAGAAGUGGACUAUGGGAAAGAAUGGUUUCAAUUUGUUUACUGUUGCUGCUCAUGAAUUUGGCCAUGCACUGGGCCUGGCCCAUUCCACAGACCCAUCAGCACUGAUGUACCCAACUUAUAAGUACCAGGAUCCCUACGACUUCCACCUCCCCAAGGAUGAUGUGAAAGGGAUCCAGGCACUGUACGGACCUCGGAAAACAUUCCUGGGAAAACCCUCGGUGCCCCUUGGCCCCCCUCAUAGGCCAUCCAUCCCCGAUCUCUGUGACUCCAGUUCAUACUUUGAUGCAGUGACAAUGCUGGGAAAGGAGCUCCUGUUCUUCAGGGACCGGAUUUUCUGGCGACGACAGGUUCACUUGAUGGCGGGAAUUCGGCCCAGCACUAUCACCAGCUCCUUCCCCCAGCUCAUGUCCAAUGUGGAUGCAGCUUACGAAGUGGCUGAGAGGGGCACUGCUUACUUCUUCAAAGGGCCCCACUACUGGAUAACAAGAGGAUUCCAAAUGCAAGGUCCUGCUCGGACUAUUUAUGACUUUGGGUUCCCAAGGCACGUGCAGCGAAUAGAUGCUGCCGUCUAUCUCAAGGAGCCACAGAAGACCCUUUUCUUUGUGGGAGAUGAAUACUACAGCUAUGAUGAACGGAAAAGGAGAAUGGAAAAAGACUAUCCAAAGAGUACUGAAGAAGAAUUUUCAGGAGUAAAUGGCCAAAUAGAUGCUGCUGUGGAAUUAAAUGGCUACAUUUACUUCUUUUCAGGACCAAAAACAUACAAGUACGAUACAGAGAAGGAAGAUGUGGUUAGUGUGGUGAAAUCUAGUUCCUGGAUCGGUUGCUAA